AUGAGUAUUUCCAUUUUUCUCGGCGUAUCCACCGUCCUCGCCAUUCUCUACGCAGUUCAAGCCACAGCAAUAUGGGACCAAGAUAAAGCGAUGGUGCAAUGCGUAGCAAAACUAACUCCGUGUCGUCCGUACGUUAACUCCGAGGCUCCUCCGCCGCUGUGGUGUUGCCAUCCGCUGAGAAAGAUCGUGGAGAAUGACGCGACAUGUCUAUGCGAAGCCUUCAAACAUCCAGACAUGUUGGCACUCAUUCAUCUCACCCAAGAGGCUGCUCUAAAUCUCAUUAGUUCAUGUGGCGUUAGUUAUGAUGCUUCAAGUUGUGACGCUGGUGAGUUCUAUUUCUUCGUCUAG